CAUUAGUUUUCAAAGAGAGUGGAAGAGUGAACGAAACGGUGCGUGUUGGAGAUCAUCGAAACUAAUCGGCAACUUACCAACUGACGAUCGAAUUUGGGUUUCUUCCCUCGUCGGUCGUCGCAGAUCUGAGACUUUCCGUCCUAAUAUCGCCGAAUCUGCUCGCUAACCACUACAGUUGCCGUGUUUGGUGUCGGGAUCAGGACUGUUUAUUUGAAGGAUUUCGAGCUAAAAAUGGUGCUGAUAUCGGUCGUUCGGGAUUAUAUCAACAAGAUGUUGCAGGACAUCUCCGGCAUGAAGGUUCUCAUCCUUGAUUCUCAGACGGUCAGUGUUGUUAGUGUGGUGUACUCACAGUCGGAACUUCUUCAAAGAGAAGUUUUUUUGGUUGAAUUGGUAGAUACUAUUUCUAUGUCAAGAGAAUCCAUGUACCAUCUUAAAGCGGUUUGCUUUCUCAGACCAACAUCAGAGAAUGUACAGCUUUUGCGUCGUGAGCUGGCUAAUCCUAGAUUUGGGGAGUAUAAUCUCUUUUUCUCCAACAUUUUGAAGGAAACUCAGAUUCAUAUACUUGCUGAUUCAGACGAGCAGGAUGUUGUCCAGCAAGUUGUGGAGUUUUAUGCGGAUUUUGUGGCCAUUGAUCCAUAUCAUUUCACUUUAAAUAUGUCAUCAAACCAUAGAUACAUGAUCCCGGCAGUUGUUGAUCCUCCAAGUUUGCAACAUUUCUGUGACCGAGUUGUAGAUGGCAUUGCAGCACUUUUCUUGGCCUUAAAACAAAGACCUGUUAUUCGGUACCAAAGGACUUCUGAUAUUGCCAGGAGGAUAGCACAGGAAACAUCAAAACUUAUGUAUCAGCAAGAAAGUGGUCUGUUUGAUUUUCGAAGAAUGGAAGUUUCCCCUUUGUUGCUGGUAAUUGAUAGGAGGGAUGACCCGUUGACUCCCCUGCUGAAUCAAUGGACUUAUCAGGCAAUGGUUCAUGAAUUGCUAGGUAUUCAAGACAAUAAAGUGGACUUGAAAAGCAUUGGGAAGUCUUCAAAGGACCAACAGGAGGUUGUGCUAUCAUCAGAGCAAGAUUCAUUUUAUAAAGCUAACAUGUAUGAGAAUUUUGGAGAUAUUGGGAUGAAUAUCAAGAAGUUGGUGGAUGAUUUCCAGCAAAUUGCCAAAAGUAACCAGAACAUACAAACAAUAGAGGACAUGGCCAAGUUUGUUGAUAAUUAUCCAGAGUACAGAAAAAUGCACGGCAAUGUUUCAAAGCACGUGACAUUGGUGACAGAAAUGAGUAAAAUAGUAGAGGAGAGAAAGCUUAUGUUAGUUUCACAGACAGAACAGGAAUUGGCUUGCAAUGGUGGGCAAGUGGCUGCUUUUGAGGCUGUAACAAAUCUUUUGAACAAUGAGAAUAUUUCUGAUAUAGACCGUGUGCGCCUAGUUAUGCUGUAUGCCUUACGGUAUGAGAAAGAGAGCCCUGUUCAACUGAUGCAGCUUUUCAACAAACUGGCUUCUCGUUCUGCAAAAUAUAAAACUGGGCUUGUCCAGUUUCUUUUAAAACAAGCUGGUGUUGAUAAGAGAACGGGUGAUCUUUAUGGGAAUCGAGAUCUUUUGAAUAUUGCUCGUAACAUGGCUCGUGGAUUAAAGGGGGUUGAGAACGUGUACACUCAGCAUCAACCUCUUCUGGUCCAGACCAUGGAAAGUAUAAUCAAAGGACGAUUGAGAGAUAUGGACUACCCGUUUGUUGGGAAUCACUUUCAGCAAGCAAGGCCCCAAGAAGUCAUCAUUUUUAUUGUAGGUGGGACAACGUAUGAGGAGUCACGUGCUGUAGCUUUACAAAACGCAACUACUUCUGGAAUACGUUUUAUACUGGGUGGUUCUGUUGUUUUAAAUUCUAAGAGGUUUUUGAAGGACUUGGAAGAAGCUCAGCGUAUAUCUCGUUCGAGCGCCUCUGUGAUUUAAAGCUCAACAGAUCUCGCAAACUAACAAAUCCGAUUAUGGGAGGUUUUCAUUUAGUUGCUGCCAGUUACACUACAUGAUUGCAGAUGAUAGAAGAAGGAAGAGGGAGUCCUGGAAUAUGCUUUACCAUUAGAAUCCCAAGGUCCCAGCCUCAGUCUCAGAUGUCAUUGUUCGUUACCAAUUUUCUCAAGCGUUCAACAAUAAACAGGGUUAGGAGCUAGCAAGUGAGUUAAAAUUUUCUUCUCAUCAUGUUAGAACAAAUGUCCCACUCGUGGCGUAUAGAAAAAUAUUCCAUUCUUUUUGUAUAUUUGGAAGCAUGAAAGUCUUGCAGAUGUAGAGUACACUAUUUAGAGGUAUGCCAUAUAUAUAUAUAUAUAUAGCACACUAUACGCUUUCAUAUCCUAGGUCAGUUGGGAAAGUUAACAGAGAUUAUGUAGAUUAUGUUCAGAAGAUCUUUAUUCAAAAUCCCAGAUGUAUUAUUUUCUUCU